AUGGGAGGCUGUUUCUCUGUCUCGAUGUCAUGUGAUCCAGUGGUGAAUCAAGUCUCGCAAUGGUUAUGCCUCAAGGGGAGUUAUGUUCACAACCUCGCCGAGAAUCUAGCGUCUUUGGAGAAAGCCAUGGGAGCGCUCAAGGCGAAGCGAGAUGAUGUGCAAGGAAGGGUAAACAGAGAAGAGUUUACUGGGCAUCAUCGAAGGCUUGUUCAAGUUCAGAAAUGGCUUACGAGUAUCCUAACCAUUGAAAACCAAUUUAAUGAUCUUCUUACUAGUAAUAAGCUUGAGCUUCAAAGGUUGUGUCUUUGUGGUUUUUGCUCCAAAAAUUUGAAAAUGAGCUAUCGUUAUGGGAAGAGGGUUAUCUUGAUGUUGAAGGAGAUUCAUAGUCUUAGUUCUCAAGGAGAAUUCGAUGUGGUGACUGAGGCAGCUCCUAUAGCUGAGGUAGAAGAGUUGCCUAUUCAACCCACAAUUAUUGGUCAGGAAACAAUGCUCGAAAGGCUAUGGAACUGUCUAAUGGAAGAUAAAGUCGGGAUUGUGGGUAUGUAUGGUAUGGGUGGAGUAGGCAAAACCACCCUUCUCACGCAGAUCAACAAUAAGUUUUAUGUACUAGGUGGUGGGUUUGAUGUUGUGAUAUGGGUUGUGGUGUCCAAAAAUGCAACAGUCCAUAAGAUUCAAGGGGCCAUUGGGGAAAAACUAGGCCUUAAGGGGAAAGAGUGGGACGAGAAAAACGAAAUACAGAGAGGCCUUGACGUCCACAAUGUUCUUAAGAGGAAGAAGUUUGUGUUGUUGUUGGAUGAUAUAUGGGAGAAAGUGAACUUAAAUGUGAUUGGAAUCCCGUAUCCCAACAGAGAAAACGGAUGCAAAAUAGCAUUUACCACCCGGUCUCGAGAUGUGUGUGGGCGCAUGGGGGUUGAUGACCCAAUCAAAGUCAGUUGUCUGGAAACUGAAAAAGCCUGGGACUUGUUCAAAAACAAAGUUGGAGAAAACACACUGGGAAGCAACCCAGAUAUACCUGAACUCGCAAGAAAAGUCUAGGCAAAAUGUCGUGGCCUACCAUUGGCACUCAAUGUCAUUGGCGAAACUAUGGCAUGCAAAAACACAGUACAAGAGUGGCAUCGGGCAAUUGACAUUUUAACUUCAUCUGCCCCAGAUUUUUCAGGCGUGGAAGAUGAGAUACUUCCAAUUUUAAAGUAUAGCUAUGAUGCUUUAAAUGGUGAGCUGGUGAAAUCAUGUUUUCUCUAUUGCUCUCUGUUUCCUGAAGAUUGCCUUUUAAAUAAAAAGAGAUUGAUAGAGUAUUGGAUGGGUGAAGGAUUCAUAGAUGAAAAGGAAGGUAUAGAGAGGGGAUUAAACCAAGGCUAUGAGAGAAUCGGUACCUUUGUACGUGCAUGUUUGUUGUUGGAAGCAAAAAACGAAUCACAUGUGAAAAUGCAUGAUGUGGUACGGGAGAUGGCGCUAUGGAUAGCAUCUGACCUUGGGAAAAAUAGGGAAAAGUGUAUCGUGCGAGCCAGUCUUGGGUUAUGUGAGGUACCAAAAGUGAAGAACUGGAAGAAUGUGAGGAGAAUGUCAUUGAUGGAAAACGAGAUUGAAAAGAUAUCUGAGAACCUCGACUGCCCUGAACUUACAACUCUCCUCCUAGGGGAAAACCGCAAAUUAGCAACUAUAUCAGGUGAAUUCUUUCAGUCUAUGUCUAGGCUGCUAGUUCUGGAUUUAUCAUAUAAUGUUAGUCUCACAGGAUUGCCAGAGCAAAUUUCAGGGUUAGUUUCCUUGAGAUAUCUUAACUUGUCAGCGACAAAGAUAGAGCGACUACCUUCCGGUUUACAAGAGUUGAAAAUGCUAACAUAUUUGAAUUUGUCGUUCACGAGCAAACUUGAGAGUUUAUACGGGAUAUCAAAUUUGUUGAGUUUGAGGACGUUGAGACUACUGGAAUCCAAGGUGUGGCUAGAUAUGAGCCUAAUGAAAGAGCUUCAGCUUUUAGAACAUUUGAAACUCAUAAGCACAAAUAUCGUGUCAAGUUUGGUUGGGGAAUUGUUGUAUUAUCCCAGAGUAGGGAGAUGUAUACAACACAUUUCUAUUGAGGACCGUCGGGAAGAAUCACCAAAAGUAUUAGUUUUGCAAGCUACAAGUAUUCUCUGUGAACUCUCCAUAUGGGAUUGUGGAAUGUGGGAGAUAAAGAUAGAGAAGACAACAUGGAACGAAAAUGUAACAAGUCCAUGCUUCUCAAACCUCUCUACUGUGGAAAUAGGAAGGUGUGAUGGCUUAAAGGAUUUGACGUGGCUGCUGUUUGCUCCAAACCUUAUUCAUCUUGGCGUCGAGAGUUUAAAGCAUCUAGAGAAUAUAAUAAGCAAAGAGCAAGCUGCAAGUAUUUUAGAGGAGUCAUGUGUUAUUCUUCCUUUCCAGAAACUAGAAUGCAUGAUCUUGGAGGAUUUGCCUGAACUGAAGAGCAUCUACUGGAAUGCUCUGCCUUUUCAACGUCUGAGAUUGAUCUCUAUGGAAGGCGAUUGUUCAAAGCUGAGAAAGCUUCCACUGGACUCUAAAAGCGUCUGCAAGGUUGAAGCAUUUGUCAUAAAAUACCACGACGAAGAAUGGAUAGAAAGAGUUGAAUGGGAGGACGAAGUCACACGACACCGUUUCUUACCUUCCUGUAAUUAGCCGUCUGUGUUU